AUGACGAGCGAACAGGGCCUGCAGCUUGCGCUGGAAGCCAAGCUCAGUCUCCUCACAGGCGCGCUCCGUCCGUACAGGUACGUGCAAAGCAUUGCUCACACCAGCGCCGAGACCGUGCGGCAAGUCCUUGUCGAAACGCGCCAAUUACACGCACAGCUCGUCCCGUUGGCCGAGCGCGCGCAGGAACAGCAGCGUGCGACGCCCGACCCGUCCGAGGCGGGAUCCCAGAGCACGGACCCAGCGUUGGCCGCACAGCUUGUGUCGUGUCACUUGCAGGCGUACCGCAACAAGCGGUGCCUGCUUGUGUACCACAAGCAGCGCACAGAUUGGCUCAAAGCGCGCGUAUGGGACAAGGCCGGCGCGCUACCACUCGUGCUUGACGAAGAACAGCCGCGCGGCACCGCGGGCGAAGUCGAGAUCACGUCCAUCCGUCCGCUCCUGGAUCAUACCGAGCUCGAGUGGCUGCGUGCGUACACAGGCCUCGUUGGCCUGUACAAGGGUACGCUCCUCGACAUUCUCGACGUCACUCUCCCGCUAUCUACCGUGCCCGGCAAAGGCAAACACGAUGGCCAUAUUGUGUCGAACAAGCCAAACGCCUCCCAAGCGCGCAACGCGCUGGGCAGCAGCGGCUUUGGCGCACCCAGCGCCGCAGUCAGCGUCUACGCCGCGCAAAUUCCCCCCAACGCGAUCCGCGCGCCGGACGACUUAAUGGUCACCGUCCUGGUCACUCGCGACGCGCGCGAUGUAGAGACGGAGCGCGGGACUCUCCAGCUCCGUGCUGGCGAGCGCCUCUAUGUACGGCGCGACGAGAUAGAGCCGCUGCUGCUGCGCGGCUGGCUCAGGGUGGUAGAUGCAUAA